GCGUAGAAUAUGCGGAUCCAUUGGCACGAACUGAGGCUUGCAAACGUGAUGUUAAGUUAAUGAAAGAGUUGGGUUUUAAUGUCAUACGUGUUUAUGAUUUAAUAUUGAUUGGUAUUAGUUAUAAUAGUAUAUAUUUAUAUGGUUAUAAUAUUUAG